AUGAGCGUUCUAAAACAGAAAAAGUCAAGUGCUAUGCUAAUUAAACAGGCCAGGCAGAUGAGUAAAGAAGAAUGACAUAUGGGAAAUUUCAGACUUCACGCUGUUGAAGGCCGUGACUACGGUGAAUGCGGACUUGGUCAACAAUUUGGGCAAUCUUCUUCAAAGAUCCACUGCAAUUUCGAUGAAUCCAAAGCAAAAGUAUCCCAGUUUUGAUGUGGAAGUCAUGGAGCAUGAACUGAGGGCCACUGGGGAGAAGAUGGUCUUGCAACUGAAGACACUUAGAGGUAGGAAAAUGGGUGUUUUUCUUGGCAUAGAGCAAAGUAGAGGCUUGAAAAGUGCUUUUUUUGUAAAAAUUGGGGAAAUUUCAUCGAAAAACGGCUUUUUUCUUUACCUUUUCAGCUUAAAAAGUAAAAACAAGAAUUACUGCGACAGUAAAACUUCUGUGCGUUUUGUAGAGUACUUUAUUUUACUUUAUUUCACGGUAAAAAAACGAAAAAUGUUCUUCUGGAGGUAUGGGGAAUUGAACCCCAGCCCUCUCGCAUGCUAAGCGAGCGCUCUACCCCUGAGCUAUACCCCCACACGUCCUUUCGCCUUUCGAUUAUUUCCCCAUUUCUUUGGGAGUUCGGUUUUAUUGCGCAACGAAAAGCUUUCGAUUUUUACUCACAGUCAAAAAAUAAAUAUGUCACCAGAGAUUUCGGAAAACAUGUUUUUUAUUUUUAGAUCGGGUAUCAGAUAGCUAUGAUAAAAUGAUGUUCUACAAGGGUCUUGAGCUCAUUUCCGAAGCCGGGAAUAACGCCAAUGUCUUCUUCCAACUGCAUAAACCAUGGCAAAUGAAGGGACCGGAGCUUCAGACGGUGCUUUACUUGAUUUACGAGACGUCCAGGAUAUGCAAUCUACUCCUCCAACCAAUUGUUCCGUAUUAUGCGGAGAAGAGCUUGAAAAGGUAAAAAUUUUUGAGAUUUUUUGCGAUUUUGAUGUUAUUCUUGAAAAUAAAAUUUUUGAAAACACGAAUUUGUGGUCUAAAAUAACAUAAAUGUUUUAGAUUGGGUAUCAAAGAGCAUGAAAGAAGUCUAGAUACGGCGAUUUUGGGUGGAGGACCGACUAUGACAUUAUAUGGCCGACCAAUGGGACCUGAGGCCAAAGUGAUGGAAAGGAUCAAUUUUAAGGAAGACUAA